AUGGCGACUUCUCUCUUUUUCAUGCCAACAGAUCAAAACUCCGUCGGAAACCCAAACGAGCUUCUGAGGAACACCCACCUUGGUGUCAACAGCUCCGGCGAGAUCCGGACAGAGCCGCAGAAGAGCCGUGGUCGGAAACCGGGAUCAAAGAAAGGUCAGCAAAACCAGAAGAAACCGACCUUGAGAGGAAUGGGUGUAGCAAAGCUCGAGCGGGAGCGUCUCAAAACCGAAGCAGCAGAGAACAAACAAAUCGCCGCCACACUCGGAGACACGUCAGUAGCACCGCCGAACCCUAACAGCGCUACCCGUUUGUUACCCGUACCCGUGGACCCGGUUCUUGUCCUGCAAGGCUUCCCAAGCUCAGUCGGAGGAGGAUGCAGAAGCAACAGGAUCUAUUGCGGUGGAGUCGGGUCGGGUCAGAUUAUGAUCGACCCGGUUUGCUCUCCUUGGGGUUUUGUUGAGACGACCUCUACUCAUGAGCUCUCUUCAAUCCCAAAUCCUCAAAUGUAUAACGCUUCCUCUAAUACUCGCUGUGACACUUGCUUCAAGAAGAAACGUUUGGAUGAAGAUCAGAGCAAUGUAGUUCGAUCCAACGGUGGUGGGUUUUCGAAAUACACAAUGAUUCAACCUCCGAUGAACGGCUACGAGCAUCUUUUUCAACAAGAUUAUCAGAGGAGCAGCCAAGGUUUCAUUUAUGAUCAUCAUAGAAUGACUAGAUCAGCUCCACCUUCUGCUGCUGCUGCUACUAGUUCUAAUCCGUAUCUUAAUGAGGCGACAAAUCAUACGGUAUCGAUGGAGGAAUUUGGGAGUGGCUACAUGGAAGGAAACCCUAGAAAUGGAUCAGGAGGUGUGAAGGAGUACGAGUUCUUUCCGGGGAAAUACGAUGAUUUUCCAGGAAAAUAUGGUAAAACAGUCUCAUCAAAGGCUACAUCGGUCGUCGUAGGUGAUUGCAGUCGUACUAAUACAUCAUCGUCAUCAUCCACCAUCGAUUUGUCUUUGAAGCUUUAAAUGAUUUAAGAAAAUUUUGAAACAUCAUAUCGUCUCAGAGAUUUUUCAGCUCUCUCUUCUCUCAGCUCUUUCUAUAUUAAUUUAAACAAAUCGUCGUUUUUGUUUUUUUGGUUUUACAUAUUAAGUAGAAAAAAGUACGAAACAGAAGAAAAAAAAAAAGAGAUC